AUGAAGAAGACCGAGGAGAUAAAAAGCUCUGAAAAGAACAACAAUGUCAAAAGUCUCACUGCUCUGAUUGAGAGAUAUUGGUCUGAGCUGCUGGAGGUGAUCGGGCAGAAGCAGAAAGCAGCAGAAAAGCAGACUGAAGAGCUGAUUAAAGAGCUGGAGCAAGAAAUCACUGAGCUCAAGAGGAGAGAGUCUGAGCUGGAGCAGCUCUCGCACACUGAGGAUCACCUGCACCUCCUACAGACUUGCUCAUCUGUGUGCAGCCUUCCACAAGUCAAGUCCUGGACCAGCAACAUUACUGAUAUGAACAUAGAUCUGAACACAGAAAUCUUUGAGAAAGCUCUCCGGGGCCUUCAGGAAAACAUCAAAAUGGAACUGAAGAAAUUCUUUGAAAUCAUCCACUGUCCACACAGACCUUCAGUUGUUCAAGAGCCUUCUGCCUCAGAUUCUGGGAGUACAGAUUCUGUUCCCUCUCAUCCUUUACUGGUGUCUGAAAGUUCUUCGGUGAUGGAGAAAAAAGAUGUUUCAGCUAUCCUGAGCACAAAGCAGGGCACUCUGACAGAAGUUUCAAAUACUACAACAAGCGAUGUUCAGACAGAAGACAAAAUCUACUUCAACAAGAGCAGCACUCCUUCACCAAAAAGAGUGGAAAAGAUUCAUAAAAAAGUUUCUUUUGCAGUGAAUGUGAUUUUGGAUCCUAAAACAGCUUACCCUAAACUCAUCCUGUCUAAGGACGGAAAACAAGUGAAGCAUAGUGGAUCCUGGAGAGAUGUUCCCAAUAACCCUGAGAGAUUUGACUCCUCUGCCUGUGUCCUAGGAAAGGAUGGGUUUUCCUGUGGGAAAAUUUAUUAUGAGGUUGAAGUCGGUGAAAAAACUGAAUGGGACAUAGGUGUGGCUAGAGAGUCCAUUGAGAGAAAGGGGAAAGUAACAGUGUGCCCAGAGAAUGGCUUUUGGUGUAUUUGGCUAAGAAAUGAAGGUGAAUAUGUGGCUAAUGAAUCUUGCCCUGUUCCUCUUUCUCUAAAAGACAAGCCCCAGAAGGUGGGGGUGUUUGUGGAUUAUGAGGAGGGUCUGGUCUCCUUCUACAACGUGGAGACCAAGGCUCUUAUCUACUCCUUCACUGGUCAGUCUUUCACUGAGAAAAUCUUUCCAUUUUUCAGCCCUUGCAACAAACGAGGAGAUGUGAACACAAAGCGUCUGAUUAUCUACUAG